AAGCGACUCACUGAUCCGGUGCGCAAAGGACAAGCACGAGAACAAUGGGAACUAGAGCUGUUGCCGUUGCGGCGGCGGCAGGUGCUGCUGGGAUGUCUGGUGAAGCGGGAUUGGCUGGUGUACCAAGACUGCUGGAGGAUCUGGCACGACUCUCGGAGGAUAAAGACUCGGCUGAUAUCGUGUUCCUACUAGGGAGAGACGAGACCCCUGUUUAUGCCCACAGAAUAAUACUUCAAGCCAGAUGCAAGAAUUUCACGGCAACCAAAAGGCUCGGCACAGCAGGUAAUCCGACACCGGUACGAAUGCCGCACGCGCAUCCAGAAACGUUUCGCCAGUUUAUUCGUUACAUCUACACGGGUAUGAUAAUACUACAAGAUAGCGGGAUUUUCGAAAUGUUGGGUCUGGCUCAAGAACUUGGUAUAGAAGAACUUUGGAGAAGUUGUGAGGAACACGUGUCUGUUACUUUAAGCCCUGGAAACGCGUGUGCACUUUUAACCGCUGCUUUGGAGGCCCAAGAACGAGUUCCAGGUGGGAAAACUGCUUGCUCAUCCUUUAUCGAAAAAUGUUUUGCUUUCAUCGGCGAGAAUGCUAUGGAUACAGUGAAGACAACGGCUUUUUGCAAUCUUCCAAAGGACGCUUUAGUGAAAUUGAUCUCGUCAGAUUAUCUGGGUUUGGAAGAAGAAGAUGUAUGGCGGGCGGUUCUAAAUUGGGCCAAAUAUCAGGCAGGAGUUACGCAGCCUACACAGCACUGGACUGAAGAAGAGCGCAUGAGAGUGUGCCAGCAUUUGUCGGGUGUAAUAAAUCACGUACGAUUGCUGUUGAUCGAUAGCCAGGUGUUUGCGGAGGAGGUAGAGCCGACCGGUGCAGUACCGAUAGAGAUGUCGUUGGAGAGGUAUAGGUAUGCAGCUCUGCCGAACAAAUACUCGGAGGUUUGCUCUGACAAACGACUGCAGCCACGAGUGAGCCCGUUUCUCUUCCCGGGCUCGCAGAUUCUGUCCAGAGACAAGGUCGGUUUCCAGCGGGUUCUGAAUCAGUGGUACGGCGUGUCAAAACAGGGGUGGCGAUUAGUUUAUCGAGCAUCUACUCAUGGUUACUCAGCAGCGUCUUUUCAUCGGCAUUGUGAUAAUGUUUGUCCAACAUAUGUGAUAGUGCUGGGAGUGCGUGGUGAAAUAUGCGGAGGAUUCAGCGACGUUCCAUGGGGUAAAACUAACUCGAAAGCGCAAUACAUUGCUUCCGAAAAGAGUUUUCUUUUCACGUUAACGAAUAAUCAAGAUGUACCACCGACUAAGUUCGACAUCGUGAAGAAAUCAUUUGCUAUCUGCUAUCAUCCGGACAUAGGGCCGAUUUUUGGUGCCGGGGCUGAUCUACUUAUAGCAAGCAACUGCAAUGUUAACAAGGAAAGCUACAGCAAUCUUCCGCAUAGUUACGAUGGAGACCACGCAUCUAAUCAAUUGCUUAUGGGAGAUUAUCAUUUCUCGGUAAUCGACUAUGAGGUUUUUACUCCAAGUCAUCCAGCACCGAAAUCUAAUCAUUAA